ACAAGUAUAUCAACUGUGUCUGAAGCGGAAUCCACAGCUGCUUCAGCUGCUACAACAGUAUCAACACAAUCAACCGAACUAGCCACAACUGGAAUAUUAAUGCCAACAGCAACAGAAACCAGUCCAGGGAGUACAGUAGAAACAAUUACAACUGCAGCACCAGGAACAACAGAAGCAACUCCAAAAUUGUCAACUGCAACAUCAGCUCAAACAGAAGGCACCGCUACCAGAGAAACACCUACAUUGGCAACAACAACAGCAACAAAGACAGUUGAACUAACCCAAACAAGAACACAGAAGAUAUCCACAGAUGCAAAGACAACAACACCAAAACAAUUAACCAUCUUGUCAAGUACAACCGCGGGAUUACAGGCAACUACACAAGUAAAAUCGACCAUCCUGUCAAGUACAGUAGAAAUACAAACACCAGCAGCAACAACUGCGGUAACAACACCUACAGAAUCACAGAAAACAAUAUCAAGCACGCAGACAACCACACCAAUACAAUCAUCAAUGCUGUCUAGUACAGUAGAUACAACUACAUCAUCAGCAACAACAAGAUCACAGAAAACAUCUAGAAGCACACAGACAACAAAGCCAUCGACAGUUAUGUCAAGUUCAGCACAAACAACAUCUACAACAUUUGAAUCAACAACAAUUUCACCAAGCACAACAAAACAAACAUCCACAGUAACAAGUACAGAAGCACCAUCAACAGCUGAACUAACCCUGCCAAGAACUUCAAGCAUACAGACAACAAAACCGAUAAAGUCAACAGUAGUAACAAGUACAUUGGCACCAACAACAGCCACAAAAACAGAUGAACUAACCCAAGCAACAUCACAGAGAAUACCUACAAGCACGCAGACAACAAAACCGAUUGAGUCGACAGUUUUGUCAAGUACAGUAUCAACGACCACAUUGGCAUCAACAGCCACGAAAACAGAUGAACUAACCCAAGCAACAUCGCAAAGAAUACCUACUAGUACAAGCACGCAAACAACAAAACCGAUUGAGUCGACAGUUUUGUCAAGUACAAUAAUAACGACCACAUUGGCACCAACAGCCACAAAAACAGAUGAACUAACCCAAGCAACAUCGCAAAGAAUACCUACUAGUACAAGCACGCAAACAACAAAACCGAUUGAGUCGACAGUUUUGUCAAGUACAAUAAUAACGACCACAUUGGCACCAACAGCCACAAAAACAAAUGAACUAACCCAAGUAACAUCACAGAGAAUGCCUACAAGCACGCAGACAACAAAAUCGAUUGAGUCGACAGUUUUGUCAAGUACAGUACUAACGACCACAUUGGCACCAACAACAGCCACAAAAACAGAUGAACAAACCCAAGCAACAUCACAAAGAAUACCUACUAGUACAAGCACGCAUACAACAAAACCGAUUGCGUCAACAGUUUUGUCAACAACAUUGGCACCAACAACAGCCACAAAAACAAAUGAACUAACCCAAGCAACAUCACAAAGAAUACCUACUAGUACAAGCACGCAAACAACAAAACCGAUUGAGUCGACAGUUUUGUCAAGUACAGCACGAACAAUUACAUUGGCACCAACAACAUCCACAAAAACAGAUGAACUAACCCAAGCAACAUCACAAAGAAUACCUAAUAGUACAAGCACGCAAACAACAAAACCGAUUGAGUCAACAGUUUUGUCAAGUACAGUACUAACGACCACAUUGGCACCAACAGCCACGAAAACAGCUCGAUUAACCUCGACACCAACAUCAACAACAGAUGGGGCAAUGUCGACUCAAGCAACCACCUUGUCGAGCACAAUGAAAAAGGAAGAGACUACAUUCCAAACAGUACCAACUGCUAAAGCUACAACAGUAGUACCACUGGAGACAACAACACAAUUCGCCACAGUAACAAGUACAGAAGCAGCAACAACAGCUAAAACGACCCUGCCAAGUACUUCACAGAGUAAACCUACAAGCAUACAAACAACAAAACCGUCAACAGUCUUGUCAAGUACAGUACCAAAGAGUACGUUAGCACCAACAACAGCCACAAAAACAACAGGAAUAACGCUAACAACAUCACAGAGAAAUCAUACAAGCAUACAGACAACAAAACCGAUUAAGUCAACAGAAUUAACCAGUAUCGCACUAACUAGCACAUUGGCGCCAACAACAGCCACAAAGACCGAUGGAAUAACCCUAACAACAUCACAGGGAAAACCUACAAGCACACAGACAACAAAACCGAUCAAGUCAACAGAAUUGUUAAGUACCAUACUAACUAGUACAUUGGCACCAACAACUGCCAGACUUAUAAGCACCCAGACAACGGUUUUGUCAAGUACAGUGCUAACGAGUACAUUUGCACCAACAACAGCAGCAAAAACAGCUGAAUUUACUCCAACAACAGAACAAGCAAAACUUACAAGCACGCAAACAAUAAAACCCAUAAAGUCGACGGACUUGACAAGUACAAAAGUAAAGACUACAUUGGCACCAACUACAGCAACAAAAACAGCUGAACUUACCUCAACAACAGAACAAGCAAAACUUACAAGCACACAGACAACAAACUCAAUAACGUCAACUGAAUUUUCAAGUACCAUAGGGACGAGUAAGUUAGCAACAACAGGCACUAAAACAGAUGGAAUAACGCUAACAACAUCACAGAGAAAACCAACAAGCACACAGACAACAAAACCGAUAGAGUCAACAGAAUUGACGAGUACCGUACUAACAAGUACAUUGGCACCAACAACAUUCGCAAAAACAGAUGGAAUAACCCUAACAACAUCACAGAGAAAAACAACAAGCACACAGACAACAAAACCGAUAGAGUCAACAGAAUUGACAAGUACCGUACUAACUAGUACAUUGGUGCCAACAACAGCCACAAAAACCGUUGGGAUGACAACUACACAGAGUAAACUUACAAGCACACAGACAACAAAACCAAUGACAUCGACAGUCUCAAGUCCGGCACUAACGACUACAUUAGUAUCCACCACAGGAACAAAAACAGGAACACCAACAACAUCACAGGUAAAACCUGAAAGCACGGAGGAAACAAAAGCAAUAACAUCAACCAUUCUCUUGAGUACAGUAGAAACAACUACAUCAAUACCGAAAGAAGAAACAACGCCAACCAAAGGAAUAUCAACUAUCUUGUCAAGUACGUCAGAAAAAACAAUGCCAUCGCCAACAACAGAAGCGACAACAAUAAACCAAGACCAAUCAUCUACAGAGUCACAGACAGCAACACCAAUCCAGACAACCUCAUUGCCAAGCACAGCAAAAAGGAAAGAGACUUCAUAUGCAACAACAACUUCUACAUCUACAUCAGCAAGAGAGACAACAACACCAGAGACAACAACAGAAUCUAACCCAGUAACAAGUACAGAAACACCAACAACACCUGAACUGACCAUACCAACAACUUCAAAGACAAAACGAACAAGCACACAGACAACAAAACCCAUAGUGCCGACAGAAUUGAUGAGUACCAUACUAACAAGUACAUUGGCACCAACAACUGCCACAAAAACAGCUGAGCUUACCCCAACAACAAAACAGACCAAACUUACAAGCACACAAACAACAAAACCCAUAACCUCGACCUUCUUGUCAAGUACAGCACUUAAGACUACAUUGGUACCAACAACGACAACAACCUUAACGACACAGAGAAAACUUACAAGUACACAAACAACAACACCCAUAACCUCGACCGUCUUGUCAAGUACAGCACUUAAUACUACAUUGGUACCAACAACGACAACAGCCUUAUCGUCACAGAGAAAACUUGCAAGCACACAGACAACAAAACCAAUAACAUCGCCAGUAUUACCAAGUACAGCACCAACGACUACAUUAGUACAUACAACAGGAACAAAAACGAUAACCCAAACAACGUCACAGGUAAAAAGCACAGAAAAAACAGAAGCAAUAACAUCAACCAUUUUCUUGAGUACAGUAGAGACAACUACAUCAAUACCAAAAGCAGAAACAACGCCAACCAAAGGAAUAUCAACUAUCUUGUCAAGUACGUCAGAAAAAACAAUGUCACCAUCACUAACAACAGAAGCAACGACAAUAAACCAAGACCAAUCAUCUACAAAGUCACAGACAGUAACACCGAUUCAGACAACCACCUUGCCAAGUACAACAAAGGGGAAAGAAGAGACUACACAUGCAACAAUAAAAACUACAAAAUCAACGUCAUCAAGAACACAGGAGACAACAACAGAAUUUGUCCCAGUUGCAACAACAGAAGCUGUAUGCACUCCGUACUGGACCGACUUCUUCAACGAGAACACACCAACCCAAGGACUUAACGGAUAUGAGCUGGAAACAAUAGCAUUCCUUUCAACAAAGUAUGAAAUAUGCAAGGACGACAGGCCAAUUAAAGAUGUUCAGUGCCUGGAUGCCGCAACCAACAAAACUCAAAAUGAAACAGGUGAUGUUGCACGCUGUACAACAUCGGAGGGUUUGAUGUGUAUCAACGGCGAAAACUUGUUCACGGACGACGAGCAAUGUGAAGAUUAUAAAGUUCGUUUCCUCUGUGGAUGUGAAGAAAGUACAACAAUACAGCCCGUGACUACAGAUGGCUCUUGCAUACCAUACUGGACCGAGUUCUUUGAUGAACACACACCGAUUGCAGGCGAAAACGGCUUUGAGGUGGAAACUUUGGAAGACUUGAAGACAAAGCACAUGAUAUGUCACGGCAUGCUUAUCACGGACAUUGACUGUGUGAAUGGUACCGGUGUGCCAUAUACUGAAACAGGUGAUGUGGUAUUCUGUAACGUGACACAUGGACUUAGAUGCUUCAACCACGACAACUGGUUCUUAAACUCAACGUGCGACAAUUACCAAGUCCGCUUCUUCUGUAACUGUCCAGCGCCAACACCGAGCGAACCACCGGUGACAACAAUUCAGUCCUCAACAUCAGACCAAUGUGUGUCGCACUGGACUGAGUUCUUUGAUGAAAGUACACCAACUGAAGGAGAAAAUGGAUUUGAGACUGAAACUUUGCAGGACCUUAGGGAAAAGUACAUGAUAUGUCACGGCAUGCUGAUCGCAGACGUUGAGUGCGUCAAUAGCACUGGUACACCACUCAGCGAAACAGGUGAUGUGGCAUUUUGUAACGUGACACAUGGACUUAGAUGCUUCAACCACGACAACUGGUUCUUAAACUCAACGUGCGACAACUACAAAGUCCGUUUCUUCUGCUCCUGUCCAGCGCCAACACCGAGCGAACCACCAGUGACAACAAUUCAGCCCACAACAUCAGACCAAUGCGUGUCGCACUGGACUGAGUUCUUUAAUGACCAUACACCAACUGAAGGAGAAAAUGGAUUUGAGAUUGAAACUUUGCAAGACCUUAGGGAAAAGUACAUGAUAUGUCACGGCAUGCUAAUCACAGACGUUGAAUGUGUCAAUAAUGCUGGUACUCCAUUCAGUGAAACAGGUAAAGUGGCAUUCUGCAACGUGACGCAUGGACUUAGAUGCUACAACCACGACAACUGGUACAUGAAUACAACUUGCGACGACUACAAAAUUCGCUUCUACUGUGAAUGUCCAACAACACCAGCUCCAACCGAGACGACAAAGACAUGCGCUUUUUGGACUCAGUUCUUUGAUGAACACACACCAACUGUAGGGUCGAAUGGCCUCGAAACUGAAACUUUGCAAGACCUCAAGAAUAAGUACUUGAUUUGUCACGGCCUGCCAAUCACAGAUGUUGAGUGUUUGAACGAUAACGACAUAUCAUAUAGUGAAACAGGUGAUGUGGCAUACUGUAAUACCACGGAUGGACUGAGAUGCUUCAACCACGACAACUGGUACACAGAUCAGCAAUGCGACAACUACAAAGUCCGUUUCUACUGUGACUGCCCAACCGAGACAACAACUCAACCCGAGACAACGGCUGCACCAUCAUGUGUCCCACACUGGACUCAGUUCUUCGAUGAGCACACGCCUACUGUAGGACAAAAUGGCUUGGAGACUGAAACUUUGCAAGACCUCAAGAAUAAGUACUUGAUUUGUCACGGCCAAGAAAUUACUGACGUUGAAUGUUUGGACAAUAACGGCACAUCAUUUACUGACACAGGUGAUGUGGCCUUCUGCGACGUGACGAAUGGCCUUAGGUGUUACAACUCCGAUAACUGGUACACAGAGGAUGGGCAAUGCGAGGAUUACAAAGUUCGUUUCUACUGUGACUGUCCAGAGACAACAACUCCGGAGCCAACAUGCGCCCCGUAUUGGACUGAGUUCUUUGAUGAGAGCACGCCAACUGAUGGACAAAAUGGCUUGGAGACUGAAACUUUGCAAGACCUCAGAACAAAGUACAUGAUCUGUCAUGGCCUACCAAUUAUAGACGUGGAGUGUGUGGAUGACAAUGGCAUAUCAUAUCUUGAAACAGGUGAUGUGGCAUACUGCAACACAACGCAUGGACUUCGAUGUUACAAUUCAGACAACUGGUAUACAGAGGAUCAAGAGUGUUCCAACUACAGAGUUCGUUUCCAAUGUGGAUGUCCGAUAACUCCGGAGCCGCCAUGUGGCCCGUACUGGACUGAGUUCUUUGAUGAGAGCACGCCAACUGUUGGGCAAAAUGGAUUGGAGACUGAAACUUUACAAGACCUCAGAACCAGGUACAUGAUCUGUCAUGGCCUACCGAUUACUGAUGUGGAGUGUUUGGAUGACAAUGACGUAUCAUAUCUUGAUACAGGUGACGUGGCAUACUGCACCACCACGGAUGGCCUUCAAUGUUUUAAUUCUGACAACUGGUAUACAGAGGAUCAACAGUGUUCCAACUACAAAGUUCGUUUCCAAUGUGGAUGUCCAACAACUCCAGCACCAGUAUGUGCCCCGCAUUGGACUGAGUUCUUUGAUGAGAGCACGCCAACUGAGGGACAAAAUGGAUUGGAGACUGAAACUUUACAAGACCUCAGAACAAAGUACAUGAUCUGUCACGACCUUCCCAUUACUGGUGUGGAGUGUGUGGAUGACAAUGACGUAUCAUAUCUUGACACAGGUGACGUAGCAUACUGCACCACAACGGACGGACUUCAGUGUUACAAUUCUGACAACUGGUACACAGAUGAUCAACAGUGUUCCAACUACAAAGUUCGCUUCCAAUGUGGAUGUCCAUGUGAAACAUACUGGACAGAGUUCUUUGAUGAAAGCACACCUACUGAAGGAGAAAAUGGCUUGGAGGCUGAAACUUUGCAAGACCUCAGAACAAAGUACAUGAUCUGUCACGGUCUACCCAUUACUGACGUUGAGUGUGUGGAUGACAAUGGCAUAUCAUAUCUUGAAACAGGUGAUGUGGCAUACUGCACCACAACGGACGGACUUCAAUGUUACAAUUCUGACAACUGGUAUACAGAGGAUCAACAGUGUUCCAACUACAGAGUUCGCUUCCAGUGUGGAUGUCCAACAACUCCAGAUGUAGUAACAGGCAUCCCUUUGACGACACAACCAUUGACCACCUAUCCACCACCAUUCGGAAAUGUGACAAAGGUCCUUAUUCACACAUUAAUGGAGGGAUUCAACUACACCAAAAAUAUGUCCAUUGAAGGGACGGCAGACCGGCUGUGGUUGGAAGAAGGUGUCCUAUCCAUGAUUGGGCAGAUGUUUGAUGAUCAUCUCGGAGUUGAUAUUAACUUGACUGUUACAUCAGUUGUGGAGGGUAGUGUGGAUGUCACAACCAAUGUGGACCUGUUAGAGUCAUUGAUCCCAACUGCAUAUUCCCGAAUCAUGGGGGAUGAGUGGCUCAACACUGUAAUCAAGGAUGAAAUGCCUCCUGAUCGCUAUGAAUAUUUGAUAGGCAUUGACACAGCACGACGGAAACUGGACGAAGAACAUGGACAUGUGCACACAUUGCACUACGCCAUGCAGCAUUGUGGGGACUUCAUCCCAGGAUGUUACCCAAAGGAGCUUUGCUUAACCUGGGAAAAUGAAACAAACUGUCGCUGCUUCAACGGAUUCGUAUCCAGAGGUGGCCACGACUGCAUACAUAUCCAUACUAGUACACCACCACCAGAACGUUGCGAGCCCUACUGGACUCCCUUCUUCAACACCAACUCAACCACAGACGGAGAAUAUGGUGGGGACAUGGAGUUGCUGGCCAACAUCAGACAAAAUUACAGCAUUUGUGAUGAUGACAAAAUCACAGACAUCAUGUGUAGGAAAGCAGGAACAAACGAAACUGCUGAAGAGUUAGGUCAAACAGUUCUGUGCAACAUCACCACGGGUCUGAUUGGAUUGAGGUGCUUCAACAACGACAACCUUGACACCGAUGCUGGCCAGUGUGAAGAUUAUGAAGUUUCUUAUAAGUGUGGCUGUGACAUAGAGAUUGUGACUUCAAUACUGUCAUCAAGGCUAGUGGGCAUUGAGUGGAGUGAAGUGUUUCGUGACAUUACCAGUUGGGAGUACAAAGAAGUUAAAAAGUAUUACAUGAGGAUAACCCACGCCAUGAUGGAAGGCAUUGAUGGUAUCUUCAGUAUGACGUUCGUGGGGAUCGAGCCAGGGAGUAUCAUUGUCAGUGUUGAGAUCAACUCCACCCGAGCUGCUGUGAACCUGCUUCGUUACAGGUCACUAGAGCUGAUCGAUGACUUCCAUAUGAUACCAGAAGACAUGGCUAAUGGAAACCAAUCAAUAUGGGAACUUAUGGGAGACGAAUGUACCGACCAAAUGGAUGGUCUACAUGAAGGCUGCACACCUGUGGAAACCUGCUUUUUACAUCAUCAUGGGGAAUAUCGAUGUCGCUGCCACUCAGGUUUCAUCGAGAAUGAAAACAAAACAAAAUGCAUGGAUGUGAACGAGUGUGAAAUGGCAAUAGAUGACUGUUCAGUCUACAACAAAACAUGCACGAACACGAUAGGGUCCUUCUCCUGCAACUGCCCAGACGGACUGUGGUGGAAUACCACAAGCGCUUCUUGUGGAGAGCCCCCUAAACAUAAGUGGGUGAACACACGGAUCAACGGGACUUCACAGCCACAGCAGCAGUGUCCAGACUGUGGCCUGGGAACCUGUGAGUAUAAUGACACUAACGGAAUCCCAUUCUGCCGAUGCCCUGAUGGCUCCACGGGAGACAACUGCGACUCUGCAGUUGCUGAGGCAGGGUCAUUGGCAGCUCUUGCAGCACUGGCAGCAAUAAUUCCAUGCUGCUGCUGUCUGGCCAUCCUAGCUGCUCGCAAGAAGCACAAGAAAAGGAAGCUCUUGUAUUUCAUUCCACGGGAGUCUCUUCUCAUUGUUGCUCCCAAAAUGACAGACAAGACAACAAGUGUCUUUGACAAUGAUAGCGCCUACGCUGCACGUCUCGAGCAGACCCCAAACUCCUGGUCUUCACACACUGACAGUCCAUCUUUCAGUGGGAGUGAUGCACCACUGUUUAUAGGACGGUACAUGCCAACCCCUGAAUCUGUCAGGCGUCGAACAUCCAAUGAAAUAUACCGGGAGUCUGAUGAUGAAAGCAUCAAGCAAUACCAUCAGAUCUUCAAGCAAGAUCGAAAAUUCAAGCUUGAGCGACCCAAGUUCACCUGGUUGCCCCCAAUGACCUAAGAAACACCAUCUGGAUCAACAGAUGUUUUGUGCAAAAAAAAUCAGCACUUGAUUAUUAUCAUAGAGUAUUAUCAUUAGAAAAAUGGAGAUUAAUAUAAACAUUCAGAAUCUUUAUGUGCACAUGGAAGAAAACCACUUACUGUUAGAAAUAUAAUCAUUGCCAAUAUAGUGAUAUUGUCAUAGCUUGAAUUUCCUUACCAGUAUUUUCAGAACUUAUAAUGGUAUAUAAGCCAGGUAGGCCCUUUUGAAAUAUUCACCAGCUAUACCAAUGUAUUACAUUCUUUCUAUAGAUACAUGUACUUUUAACACAUUUUGGUUAUUAGGUUAUUGGCAAGUAGGCUAUUAUGCCUAACCUUAAAAUAAUAUAUAACAUAAUAAAAGCCAAUAUUCAUAAUCAGAUAUGACUAGUUAAGUAGGGCAGGCAACUGUGUUGCAGCCACAAGUUAUCAGUUUACUGCUUUUUAGUGCUUGAUAUGACAAUGCUGCUCUCAAUUACUUAAAUAUUCCAUUGCAGCUUUUCAAGUAUAUCUAUUAAACUUAUAAUUGACCAAAGGGUAAGAAUCCUUAAGAUAGAAAUAAAGUAAUAUAUUCUCUUCCAAUAUCAGAUACAAUGGUAUUGCAAAUACACAUGUAUUCAUCUAAACUCUCUGAAGUAUCUCUAAUAUAAUGAGAUAAAUUUUCAGUAUAGCUUAGCCCUCUUACUUUCCAGUAUAUAGAGCUUAGCCCGCUUAAACCUUUGGGGAGCAUAAAUAAAAUAUGGGAAAAAUC